GGUAAAGUGACUGUCAAAAUGGCGUCGUCGUGAGCUUAGCGGGUAAUGUGUACGUGGAUUUUUUGGCUAAAAUUUAUUUGUCAUUAAAAAAAAAAUUUCAUCAAUAUUAAAAUAGAGUGAAAAUAUAUAAAUCAAAUAACUUAAAAUUUGGACAAUUAAAAUUGUGCUAUAAUACCUUAAUUAAAUAAAAAUACAAAGUUUUUUUUAUUGUUUUAUUUUAUUUUCAUAUAAAAAAAAAAAAACAUUGUGUUGUUGGAUAUUAUUUAAAAAAUAAAAAUAUAAAUAAAUAAAUAAAUAAUUAAAAAAUGGGUGAACCGAAACCACAACACGGUGCCCAAGAAAUGAAGGGUUGGCUAUUUAAAUGGACAAAUUAUCUAAAAGGUUAUCAACGUAGAUGGUUUGUUCUGUCAAAUGGUCUACUGUCAUACUACAGGGCUGAACCAACGGGGGGGCCAAAGAUAUCGACGCGACGCAAGCGGAGAGCUGGCAGAGCCUCCGAAAAUCCAUCUGAAAUGUCACACACAUGUCGAGGGGCAAUAUCACUUCAUGGUGCCUUGAUACAUACAGUUGAUGCAUGUACAUUUGUUGUGAGCAAUGGUGGAACCCAAACAUUUCACAUCAAAGCAGCAAAUGAAGUUGAACGUCAACAAUGGGUUACAGCAUUAGAACUUGCUAAAGCUAAAGCAAUACAAGCAAUGGAAUCUGAAGAGGAAGAAGAAUUUCGAGAUAAUGACAAUGAAAAUCCAGAGAGUGCACCAGUUAUGAAAGAUUUAACUGAACGUCUUGAAGAUUUACAAACAUGUUUAGAUUUAAUUGCAAAACAAGGAUCGUUAUUAACACGUGCAUUAAAAGAUGUUGAAUCACUUGAACCAGAUACACCUGAUAUUACAACUAAAAUUAAAACAGCUAGUGAUAGAGCAGCACAUUUUAGAAUUGCUGCAUCUGCAAUGAUAAGUAAAAGCCAAGAUUAUGUACAAUUGGCUAAACAACAAGAACCAAAAUGGAAAAAAAUGUUACAACAUGAAAGAGAUCAAAAAGAACGUAUUGAAAAAAUGGUUGAACAACUUGCAAUGCAACAUUCACAUCUUGAUGAAGCAGCACAACAAGCUUUACCAUCAGGAAGUCAUCGACCUGGACAUGCUGUACAUUCACCAUCAGAGGAUGACGAUGAAAAUGAAUUUUAUGAUGCUGAAGAAAGUGAUACAUUUACAUUAACAAUACCAUCAACAAAAACGGGUAAUUCAGUUGGUAGAAGACAACGAACAGAUUCACAAGGUAGUGAUGAAGGUUCAAGUUCUGAAGAUGAACCAGUACCAAAUUCAGCAGAUUCACCACCUGAAACAUUUCGUAUUGUAACUGAUUCAACAGCACCAUCACAAACAUCAAGAACACCUGAAAGUGACAAGACAACUUGGAAAAAUGAAAAUGGAAAUAAUACAAGUAGUGUAACAACAGUAGCUAAAAGACAACGUAGAACAAGAGUACCAGAUAAACCAAAUUAUCCAUUAAAUUUAUGGAGUAUUAUGAAAAAUUGUAUUGGAAAAGAAUUAUCAAAAGUUCCAAUGCCUGUUAAUUUUUCAGAACCACUUAGUAUGUUACAACGUUUAACUGAAGAUUAUGAAUAUUCAGAAAUACUUGAUAGAGCAUCAGAAUGUACAGAUAGCUGUGAACAAAUGGCAUAUGUUGCUGCAUUUACAGUAUCAAGUUAUUCAACAACAGCAACAAGAACUGGUAAACCAUUUAAUCCACUUCUUGGUGAAACAUUUGAAUGUGAUAGAACUGAUGAUCUUGGUUGGCGAGCAGUAUCAGAACAAGUAUCACAUCAUCCACCAAUGCUUGCACAAUUUUGUGAAGGUAGAACAUGGAAAUGUUGGCAAGAAUUUACAAUGGCAUCAAAAUUUCGUGGAAAAUAUCUUCAAGAAUUUUCAUGGCAAGUUAUACCACUUGGUACAGCACAUCUUGAAUUUAACAACAGUAAUUCACAUUAUACAUGGAGAAAAGUAACAACAACAGUACAUAAUAUUAUUGUAGGUAAAUUAUGGGUUGAUCAACAUGGUGAUAUGGAAAUAGUUAAUCAUGUUGAUGGUACAAGAUGUCAUCUUAAAUACAUUCCAUAUUCAUAUUUUGCACGUGAUAGUCAACGUAAAGUUAAGGGUGUUGUUAUGAAUGCAAAUAAAGAAGUUAAAUGGGUUGUACAAGGUACAUGGGAUAAUAAAAUUGAAAUAGCACCAGUUAUAAGUACAUCUGGUAGUGCUGAUAAUCCAGUAUAUAAAACUGGACCAUAUGUACUUGCAUGGAUACGUCGUCCACCACCAGAUGAUUGUGACAAAUAUUAUUCAUUUACUGAAUUGGCUUGUCAAUUGAAUGAACCUGAAGAGGGUGUUGCACCAACUGAUUCAAGAAAUAGACCUGAUCAAAGAUUAAUGGAAAAUGGUAAUUGGGAUGAGGCUAAUGUUGAAAAAUUACGUCUUGAAGAUAAACAAAGACAAAAUAGACGUGCAAGAGAAAAUGAAAAUGAAAAAGCAGCAGCAGAAGGUUUACCAGUUGAUAGUUAUGAGCCAAUAUGGUUUAAAAAACAACAUGAUAAACAUACUGAUAGUCUUUGUCAUAUUUACAAUGGUGAAUACUGGGAUGCUAAAGCAAAAGGUGACUGGUCAAGAUGUCCAGAAAUUUUUUAGUCACUUUAAACAAAUUGUAGUUUUGCUUUAUUCUUCAUUUUUAUGGCGUGUUUAUUUUUUAUCUCCAAUUUAUUUUUUCUUUUCUUUAAACUCAAUAUAAAGAAAAUAAAUAAAUGCACAUUACAACGACAGCUUGGCAAUUUGUAGUGUCAUGCUUGUCGUAAAAACAAAUGGAGCUGAAAAAUUUACGUAUAAAAAAAAAAAUCUUACAAUAAAUGAGACUAAUUUGUUUCAUAUUAUUUGAACAAAUUGGAAUGUACAGGUUUUUUAAAAUCAUAAGAUUGAAAUAUGUUAUCGUUGAUAGUAGAAAACAGUUGUUGUUAAUAUUUUUUUUUUUUAUUAAAUUAACAAUGAUUGUUCAAUGACAAAAUAUUUUAAAAAACACACACAAACUUUAUCAUCAGCUGCUGAAUAAAAACUACAAAAAGAAAAAAAUUUAUCAAAUCCAGGUGGUUUUAAAAAAUAAUAAUAAUUUAUUUAUUUAAACAAUUUUCCGAAAUAAAAAAAAAAAACGAAUUAUCAAUUUAUUUGACUUCAAUUUAUUAUUUAUUUUAAAAAUAUCAAAUUUAUAAAAUAUAAAACUUUAUUAUUGAACGAUAGUUUAAAAAAUUAACUAAAUAGAUAAAUAAAUAUUUGAGAUUAGCAAAAUGAAAACCAAUAUUUACAAUUUUAAGUCCUUGGCUGUACUAUAAUUUUAAAAAUAGUCGAUGAAUAAUGAUAACCGAUAAAAGAUGAUAUAUAUAUUAUAUCUGUAAACAAUUAUAAAUAAAAAAAAUAAUUAAUUAUUGAAUGAAGAUAAAAAAAAAUAUAAAUAUAUAUAAUUAUUAAUAUAAAAUUGAAGAAAAUGAGACGAGUAGAAAUAAAUAUAAAUAAAGAAACUAAUAUUGUGAGACAAAGAAAAAAUUAAAGAAAAUUAAAAAAUAAAAAAUUGUUAAGUACAUGAUAAUAUUUGGAUAUUGUAAAAGUUAUUCAUGCUUUGUAGAAUACUAUGAAUAUAUUUUAUAUUUUUUUUUUUUGCAUAUUGCUUGUUUUUUUUUUUAAAAUAUUAAAAAUAAUUUUAUGAAAAUUGUAAAAAAAUAUAUUGAGGCAUUUAAUUGCCUGAUGAUUUUAAUCAACAAUAAAAGCACAAACUAUUUCAACUGGCUUUAUAAAAAAAUAUACAAUUUAAUGCUAAAAUACUAAUUGCAAUAUUUUGAAAAUUUUUUUAAAUUAUCCAUUCGCAUAAAAUAAAUAAAAAUAAUUCGUUGUCGUAAAGUGCCUAUGGUUUCCCGUUCGCUAAUCAGCAAUUAAGGUUAUCCAAGUGU